GUUCCCCUCUCCCCCAGCCCACGCCCCCACACCUCCGCCUGCUCUCUCCCGCCUCGCUCUCUGCCCCAUCUCGACCUGCCUCUCAGCCCUGCCUUCUCAGUGUCCUUCCCUCCACCUGGCAGGGUCUGGCUCAAGGUCACUGCAGUAAUUCCACACCCGGCUGCCUGGGGCUGCCGCCGCCGCUGCUGCCUUAUCGGCUGCUGGGUUUCUGUUUCACUCCCUUUUAUUUCUGGGCAUAUUGUGUUCAAUAAACUCUUUGCUUUUAACACCGCUGGCAGUGCUCCCAGCCGCUCCCUCCCGCGUUCCUUCCGUCCCUCCUCCCUCCCCUUCGUGCUCCCUGGGUCUCACCCUGGCCCCUCUGCCUCCCUACCCUGUCCCUUCAAACCUCAGGGGACAGGGGUCGAAGGCCCUCCUGUGUGUUUCCGAACACCCUCCACUAGCUCCAGUAAGAUGGGCCCAAAAGACUCCUCCGUGCCCACCAGGCAGGGCUGCUGGGCCAGCACCCAGGUCCCCAGCAGGCCCCUUCCACUGAGGCCGAGCCCCCAGCCCAGGCCGGGCAGGAGGGCUGGGGCAGCCAGGCCAGGGAGGGCUCCAGAGGAGUCACGGGCCUGACUGGUUCAGCUAGUUCAGCGGCCAGCCCCGGGAGGGCGUGCAUGGGGCGGGUUUUGGGGCACUAGUAUUUUCCUUCUUGACUCUACCACCAGCCAGCCCGCCUGCCAGUUGGGGAGGUAAAGACAGGUCUGAGUCACUAGUGAGGGGGAGGGCAUAAGUUAAACGAGUCGUGGCUGUGCCGUCCCCACAGAAGGCCUGCCACCGGCUGGACGGACAGACAGACAGCAGACAGGCCUGUGUGGGACCCGAGGACACAGCCGCCCUGCUGAGAACACAGCGGCCCCUCUUUCGAGACCGUGACCUCGCGACGGUGGCCCUCGGCCCUCCACCUCCGGCCGGGGCGGGGGCCGCCCCCCUCUAGGUCCCCAGCCAUGACGACCUCCGCGCUGCGGCGCCAGGUGAAGAACAUCGUGCACAACUACUCGGAGGCCGAGAUCAAGGUGCGCGAGGCCACCAGCAAUGACCCCUGGGGCCCGCCCAGCUCGCUCAUGUCCGAGAUCGCCGACCUGACCUUCAACACGGUGGCCUUCGCCGAGGUCAUGGGCAUGCUGUGGCGGCGGCUCAAUGACAGUGGCAAGAACUGGCGGCACGUGUACAAGGCGCUGACGCUGCUGGACUACCUGCUCAAGACGGGCUCCGAGCGCGUGGCCCACCAGUGCCGAGAGAACCUCUACACCAUCCAGACGCUCAAGGACUUCCAGCACAUCGACCGCGACGGCAAGGACCAGGGCGUCAACGUGCGCGAGAAGGUCAAGCAGGUGAUGGCCCUGCUCAAGGACGAGGAGCGCCUGCGGCAGGAGCGCAUCCACGCUCUCAAGACCAAGGAGCGCAUGGCGCUGGAGGGCGUGGGCCUUGGCAGCGGGCAGCUGGGCUUCAGCCGCCGCCACGGCUCCCCGUCCUCCUAUAACUCUUCCUCCUCCUCGCCCCGCUAUGCCUCAGACCUGGAGCAGGCUCGGCCCCAGACGUCAGGGGAAGAGGAGCUGCAGCUGCAGCUGGCCCUGGCCAUGAGCCGCGAGGAGGCUGAGAAGCAGCCGGUCCCCCCAGCCUCCCACAGGGACGAGGACUUGCAGCUGCAGCUGGCUCUGCGCCUGAGCCGGCAGGAGCAGAAGGAGGUGAGGUCCUGGCGGGGAGAUGACUCCCCCAUGACCAAUGGCACGGGGGCCACAGUCCACCACCGGCGGGACCGAGAGCUCCAGAGAGAAGAGAGAAAGGAGGAGGAGAAGCUGAAAACCAGCCAGCCCUCCAUCCUGGACUUGGCUGACAUCUUCGUACCCGCCCCGGCCCUGCCCUCCACACACUGCUCUGCUGACCCAUGGGACAUCCCAGGUCUCAGGCCGAGCACAGAGCCCAGCGGCUCCUCCUGGGGGCCUUCUGCGGACCCCUGGUCUCCAGUCCCCUCAGGAAACGCCCUGUCCCGAAGCCAGCCCUGGGACUUGCUCCCUACACUCUCCUCUUCUGAGCCCUGGGGCCGGACCCCAGUGCUGCCUGCUGGACCCCCCACCACAGACCCCUGGGCACAGAACUCCCCCCACCACCAACUCCCCAGCACUGGGGCUGACCCUUGGGGGAGCCCUGUGGAGACCUCCAGCAUACCUGCUUUAGGUGGGACCUCGACUUUUGACCCAUUUGCCAAACCUCCAGAAUCCACAGAGCCCAAGGAGAGGCUGGAGAGUACCCCGGCCCUGCCCUCUGGAAAGCCCAGCAGCCCUGUGGAGCUGGACCUGUUUGGAGACCCCAUCCCCAGCGCCAAGCAAAAUGGCACGAAGGAGCCAGAUGCCUUGGAACUGGGGGCGCUGGGGGAAGCGCUAACCCCGCCCCGCCGGACUCCUGAGUCCUUCCUGGGCCCGUCCGCCUCUUCCUUGGUCAACCUUGACUCCUUGGUCAAGGCGCCUCAGGCUGCAAAGACGCGGAACCCCUUCCUGACAGGUUUCAGCGCCCCAUCCUCCACCAACCCGUUCGGCUGGGGCGAGCAGGGCAGGCCGACCCUGAGCCAGAUGCGCACCGGGUCGCCAGCGCCGGGCCUGGCGGCGGCCGCCGAAACACCCCUGGGCUCCAUGACCUACAGCGCCUCCCUGCCCCUCCCUCUCAGCAGCGUGCCGGCCGGCGCGACCCUCCCCGCCUCGGUCAGCGUCUUCCCACAUGCCGGCGCCUACCCGCCGCCGCCCGCGAGCCUGCCGCAGCCGCUGAUGCCCACGGCCAGCCCCGCGGGGCCGCCGAACCCGCCCCCGCAGGCGGCCACCAACCCCUUCCUCUGAGCGCGGCCCCGCCAGGCGUCGGCCGGCGCAGGCGCGCGAAGCCCCGCCCCGCCCCGAUGGGCGGGGCUGCAACCGCCGUACCUGGCACGAGGAAGGCGGGAGCUGGCGCAGAGGUGCGGGGUCACACAGGUGGAAACUUGUUCCGGGCCUGAGCUGACUCCUUGCAGCUCCUGAAGCUAGAGACUGGCGACUUGCCGGGGCCAAGACCAUGCCCCCAUAAUAAAGACUAGAACCCGCGUCCUCAGCUCUCACCAAGUGGGCUUUCUGUAGAACGUGGCGGCAGGGUCUGCUCCACAGCGCGGACACCAGCGGCCGCUGGAAACGACUGGACAAUCUGGGGCACAAAAUUGCUUCCGCUUCCCUUACAGCCUCUCUUAUGACCCGACCCCCCACCCCCAUCUGGCACCCUCUCAUUCCGAUGCUCCGCAGGCCCUCAGUCAUUUCACUCAUUUAUCACGCAUCGGCACUGGAGAUAAUUUAACAGCGGUGAACAGUAGCCAACAUUUAUUGCGCAUUCGUUAUGUGCUAAGCACUUUAGGUUAGAUUAUUUCAUUUUAUCCUUGCGACGACCCUCUGAGGUAGAUAAUAUUGUUCCAUUUAAGACUGGCUACAAAUUUGGGGAGCCCAGUGCAAAGUGAAAAAUGAUUUAAGAAUUUCAAGAUGGCGACAGCGGAGCGUUAAGCCAAGCGCCGAGCUCUCCUGAGUGUGCAGCCCUGUGCGACUGCACGUCUCUGUCAUCCAUGCUGGCCCUGCUCCCAUUUCAUAGGUGAGGGCACGAGGCUCAGAGAGUUUAAGGGGCAGCCUCAAAGUCACAAAACUAGCACAGAGUGGGGCUGGAUUUCCUAGUCAGACAAUCGGUCUCCACAUUUGGGCGCUCCCAGGCUGGGAUUUAAUUCAGCAAAUAUUGACUGACUGCUGUGGACUAAGUAAGUACUGGGCUAGCCUGGGAGGGAUCCAAGAAUUGCUAAGCUCACACCCUGGAGGACUCAGAGCAGGGGAGCAGACAAGUCAGGGGCAUUUAACAAAGCUGCAGCACAGGCUUUGCAGGGGACUCCACACCCCUUUGUUUUACUGAGUCACCUUAAAGCUGACUCUGACCCCACCCCCUCCCCUUCACUAGGGCUGCUGAGAAACUCCAUCUCAACCCAGAUGAGGGAGUCCUCCCUGUCCUGGCGACUUAGGUGAAGUCUGGGAAACCAAGUGGGGACAGGGCCUGGUACCUCAUCCAAGGGGUCAGCUUGGUCACCCUCACUCCUUUUCUAUUCGAUUCUCUCUGACCACUAGAUGCCAAUGUCCUGGCCCCAGAGCCCUCAGUGCUCAGGGUCUGGCCUGGCAGGUAGCCUGCUGCCAGCCCCCACACCCCCUGGGUUGCUGGGAACAAAUGGGCCUUGCAGAGGCCAGCAACAAAGCCGGGAGGUGUUGCUGAGACAUUUAGGAAUACAACCCUGGCCCUCCUUCCUGAAGUGGGAGCAGGGAAGGAGCUGCUUUGUUUUUGGGUGAUGGGGGGGAGUCCCACCGUGACUGUUACAGGUACACACCUACUUAGGAAUCAGAACAGCCAGGUUCAAAGUUUUGCACUUAAUGAUAACCACUUAGUAAUAAGUGGUUAUGCUCUCUGACCUUGAGUAAAUUGC